AUGGAGAGGGGACAUCAAUGCUUCGAACAAUCCUCAAUGAACACUACCUCACAGUUGUCGCAUCAAUUGCAACCUCGUGCUGAAGCCAAAGACGGUACUUCGCAAGCGGAAGCCCAAAAGCAAGCUGAAAAUCAAGAAAAUGCAGUGAAUUCAAUGUUAUCGCAGAUCCUCGAUCAGCAAGCCUUGGUACGUCUCAGCAAUUUGUCAGCUGUCAAGCCAGAAAAAGCUAAAAUGGUUGAAUCUGUAGUAAUCAACAUGGCUAGGCGUGGACAAAUCGCUGGAAAAUUAUCUGACGAAGGAUUAAAGCAGUUAAUGGAACGGGUCUCAACGCAGACGAACCGUACUACUACUGUCAAGUUCGAUCGGCGUCGUAACAACAUAGACUCUGAUGAAGACUAUUGA